GCUGAGCAUGGAGGUGUCGUGUCGCAGAUGGCAGACUCUAGCCGCGAGGAAGAACAAGUCAGUCUCUUGGGUGAAGAGGGCCUCCGCGCUGGCGGCCAGGCUCUCAAGCUCGGUUUCGUCGCAGGAGUUAUCCUAAGAGAACGUAUUCCAGCAUUUGAACGCAUGCUCUGGCGCGCAUGUCGUGGCAACGUAUUUUUACGUCAAGCGGAAAUUGAAACUCCCUUGGAAGAUCCAUCAACGGGGGAUCAAGUGUUCAAAUCUGUGUUUAUCAUAUUCUUCCAAGGAGAUCAGUUGAAAACUCGAGUGAAAAAGAUCUGUGAAGGAUUUCGAGCUACUUUAUAUCCUUGUCCUGAAGCACCUGCUGAUCGUCGUGAGAUGGCUAUGGGAGUUAUGACUCGAAUCGAAGAUUUAAACACAGUUCUCGGACAAACUCAGGAUCAUCGACAUCGUGUUUUAGUAGCUGCUGCAAAAAAUAUCAAAAAUUGGUUUGUGAAAGUCCGUAAAAUAAAAGCAAUUUAUCACACCCUGAAUUUGUUCAAUUUGGAUGUUACACAGAAGUGUUUAAUUGCUGAAUGCUGGGUUCCUGUUCUAGACAUUGAAAUAAUUCAGUUAGCAUUACGUCGCGGAACUGAACGUAGCGGCAGUUCGGUACCGCCAAUCUUGAAUCGUAUGGAAACUUUUGAAGAUCCACCUACCUACAAUCGAACAAAUAAGUUUACUAAAGGCUUUCAGGCUUUAAUAGAUGCAUAUGGAGUAGCUUCAUACAGAGAAAUGAAUCCAGCUCCUUACACUAUAAUAACAUUUCCAUUUUUAUUUGCUGUUAUGUUUGGAGACACUGGUCAUGGUUUACUCAUGUUCCUCUUCGGUGGGUGGAUGGUGUUAAAAGAAAAACCACUGGCUGCAAAGAAAUCUGAUAAUGAAAUUUGGAAUAUAUUCUUCGGUGGACGAUAUAUAAUAUUUUUAAUGGGUUUAUUCUCAGUGUAUACUGGAUUUAUAUACAAUGACAUAUUUUCUAAAUCACUGAAUAUUUUUGGAUCAUAUUGGAGAGUCAAUUAUAAUUAUAGUACCAUCGAAGGACAAAAGGAGUUGCAGCUAAAUCCUAGCGACGUAAAUGAGUAUUUACAGGUUCCAUAUCCCAUUGGAAUGGAUCCUGUAUGGCAAUUGGCAGAGAAUAAAAUCAUCUUUUUAAAUUCAUAUAAAAUGAAGAUAUCUAUAAUUUUUGGAGUUAUACAUAUGUUAUUUGGUGUGAUGGUUGGAUUAUGGAAUCAUAUGUAUUUCAGAAGACAAAUUAACAUAAUUUGUGAAUUUAUCCCGCAAAUUAUAUUUUUAUUGUUCCUUUUCAUGUAUAUGGUAUUGCUUAUGUUCAUUAAAUGGAUAAAAUAUGGUCCCAAUAGCGAUGGCACAGAUCCACAGCAUGGACCUUCCUGUGCACCAUCAGUACUGAUUACAUUUAUUAAUAUGGUAUUAUUCAAUUCUGAAGUUCCACAAGGCAUUUGUAAACCUUGGAUGUAUGCUGGACAACAUGGAUUCCAAAACCUUCUUGUUGUCAUAGCUCUUCUCUGCAUUCCAUGGAUGUUAUUAGGAAAACCUGUUAUGAUGAUGUACAAUAGAAAGAAACAACAUCAUCAGUUAAAUAAUCAUGGAGCAGAAAAUGGAGAUGUAGAAGGUGGUGUUGAUGCAAUACAACCAACAAAUGGAAAUCAUAGAGAAGAGGAAGAGGAAAUGAGUGAAGUAUUUAUUCAUCAGGGUAUACAUACCAUUGAAUACGUGCUUGGUAGUGUAUCUCACACUGCGUCGUAUCUACGUUUAUGGGCCUUGUCUCUUGCCCAUGCCCAAUUAUCAGAGGUAUUAUGGAAUAUGGUAAUGCGAAAUGGAUUAACCCAGGAAGAUUGGUACGGUGGUAUUAUUUUGUGGGCCGUAUUUGCAUUUUGGUCCGUUUUAACUGUUGGUAUUCUGGUUCUUAUGGAAGGAUUAUCAGCUUUCUUGCAUACACUUCGACUUCAUUGGGUCGAGUUCCAAAGCAAAUUUUAUGCUGGGCAAGGAUACGGUUUUCAGCCAUUUUCCUUUGAAAUUAUUUUGGAUGCAGCACAAUCUACUGCAGAAGAUUAA